CUAUUCGCUGGUAUGCUUCUCCUUACACCAGCUGUUGGACUCUCAUGGAUUUUCGGUGUUAUAAUUGUCUUUUGUCAUUCGGAGAUGAUGGAAUAUGUAUUUGUAUUCAUAAAUUCAAUGCAAGGAUUCUACAUCUGGCUCACGCAGUGCGCCCUCAGCGGAGAGGUUCAACUUGCAUUGAAGAAGAGGUUCAAAAAUCGAACAGGACAUGAUAUUAGCAUCAAUACUAUCAGUAGCACUACAAACACCAACCGUGUUACAAUUGAAGAGUUGUAGGACUUAACGUGUCAGGCUCCUCAUCACAAACACCAAGACAUUUUGACAAACUGAUUGAAAACUAUACAAUGCAUUUUGGUUUAUAGUUAAGUGAUAAGUAAUGCAUAUGAAAUUGAGUGCCACACACAUGCACAUGUAUGCGAAUAUGAAUUUUUUAUUUUUCCUAGAUGACAGUAAAUUAAAAAAAAUAAAAUAUAGGCUCUACUGCAUAAUAUGCACUGAAUAAUAGUAAAUCACAAGAAAAGUAACUUUGGUGGAGAUACACCUACACUGGUGUUCAUGGAUCUUUCCGCUAAGCUCCCCCCUUGGAUAUUGUUGCUAAGGUCACACAAGACGGCCGUGUUAAAAAAUACGCGAACACGUGCGUUUGUGGGACAACAUGUGUGUUUGUGAGACACGUGCGUAUUCCUAGCGCUGUUCUGAUUGGUCAGUUGUUGAGUUGAGUUUGAUUGACACUUCAGAAAGGUCAAUUAAAGGUCAAUAAAUAUUUAGAAAAAUGUAAAACCCCAUCAGGAUUCGAACCCAAGACCUUCCUAUUAGAUCAAGUCGUAUACACCCUUGGAUUUUCCUAGGACAAUUUUUAUACUUCUCAAGGUAUUGCAUAAUACGCAAUGAAUAAUAGUAAUCACAAGA